CCAUCUUGUUCCCAGGGGCAGUUGGCGGAAGAGAUCGCGCUCCGUGGCCGCCGGCUCGCCUUCUGCUGGGAGUUCUCGAGGCCCGCGUCUCGGCGUCUGCUUUCGAUCCAGGGUCCUUUUGUCGGCGUCCCCGUUGCCCUCUCUCAUCCAGCUGGGGGACAGCGAGGCGGCCCCCUCUCCUGACGGCGUUCCAUGGAGUAGGGUCCCGGACCGUUGUCCCGAAGAGCGAGAUCGAGCUUGGCCCCCUCCCCCUCCCUUCUCCCUCCCUCUUUCCUUCCGCCGCAACAUGGCUAACAACAGCCCCGCGCUGACAGGCAACUCGCAGCCGCAGCACCAGGCGGCCGCGGCCGCGGCUCAGCAGCAGCAGCAGUGCGGCGGUGGCGGCGGCGGCGCCACCAAGCCGGCGGUCUCGGGCAAGCAGGGAAAUGUGCUGCCGCUGUGGGGCAACGAGAAGACUAUGAACCUCAACCCCAUGAUCUUGACCAAUAUCCUGUCGUCGCCUUACUUCAAAGUGCAGCUCUACGAGCUCAAGACCUACCACGAGGUGGUGGACGAAAUCUACUUUAAGUUUACAGCUUUAAAAUUAUUCCUUUUGACGUGGAUCUACUCGGCGCCAACUUGUUGGUGCUUCUCCCGCUCACCCUGGGCCAGGGCGUGUAUUGACUUCAAUGUUGGCCUCGUGUUGUUGGUAUUCUCUAUCCGAUCCAGACAGGGAAAUGGAUUGACUCAGUCUUGCAGCGAGGCUCGGAGCAGCCCAGGGUCGCAGGUAGAGGUCACGCAUGUUGAACCGUGGGAGAAAGGAAGCAGGAAAACAGCAGGCCAAACGGGGAUGUGCGGAGGGGUUCGAGGUGUUGGAACAGGAGGAAUUGUUUCUACAGCUUUCUGCUUGUUAUACAAAUUAUUUACUCUAAAGCUAACUCGUAAGCAAGUGAUGGGUCUCAUAACACACACAGACUCUCCAUAUAUUAGAGCCCUUGGAUUUAUGUAUAUAAGGUACACACAGCCCCCUACAGAUCUGUGGGACUGGUUUGAAUCCUUCCUUGAUGAUGAAGAGGACCUAGAUGUGAAGGCUGGUGGAGGCUGUGUAAUGACCAUUGGAGAAAUGCUACGGUCUUUUCUCACAAAACUGGAGUGGUUUUCUACUCUGUUUCCAAGAAUUCCGGUUCCAGUUCAGAAGAAUAUUGAUCAACAGAUUAAAACCCGGCCUAGAAAAAUCAAGAAAGAUGGGAAGGAAGGUGCUGAGGAAAUAGAUAGACAUGUUGAACGCAGGCGUUCAAGGUCUCCAAGGAGAUCACUGAGUCCACGGAGGUCCCCAAGAAGAUCAAGAAGUAGAAGCCAUCAUCGGGAGGGCCAUGGGUCUUCUAGUUUCGAUCGAGAAUUAGAAAGAGAGAAAGAACGCCAGCGACUAGAGCGUGAAGCCAAAGAAAGGGAGAAAGAAAGGCGAAGAUCCCGAAGUACUGAUCGAGGUUUGGAACGCAGGCGGAGUAGCAGGAGUAGGGAAAGGCAUAGAAGCCGUAGUCGAAGUCGGGAUAGGAAAGGGGAUAGAAGGGACAGGGAUCGGGAAAGAGAGAAAGAAAAUGAGAGAGGUAGAAGACGAGAUCGUGACUAUGAUAAGGAAAGAGGGAAUGACCGAGAAAAGGAGCGGGAGCGGUCAAGAGAACGGUCCAAGGAACGGAGAAGUAGGGGUGAGGUAGAAGAGAAGAAGCACAAAGAAGAUAAAGAUGACAGGCGGCAUAGAGAUGACAAAAAAGAUUCCAAGAAGGAGAAAAAACACAGUAGGAGUAGAAGCAGAGAAAGAAAACACAGAAGUAGGAGUAGAAGUAGAAAUGCAGGGAAACGAAGCAGAAGCAGGAGCAAAGAGAAAUCAAGUAAACAUAAAAAUGAAAGUAAAGAAAAAUCAAAUAAACGAAGUAGAAGUGGCAGUCAAGGAAGAACUGACAGUGUUGAAAAAUCAAGAAAACGGGAACAUAGCCCCAGCAAAGAAAAAUCUAGAAAGCGUAGUAGAAGCAAAGAACGUUCCCACAAACGAGAUCACAGUGAUAGUAAGGACCAGUCUGACAAACAUGAUCGUCGAAGGAGCCAAAGUAUAGAACCAGAGAGCCAAGAAAAACAACAUAAAAACAAAGAUGAGACUGUGUGAAAUUUUUUUUGUAAAAGUGGAUCACAUUGAAUCCUAUAAAUGUUUGAUUAAAUCUGCUUUCUUUUUCUUCCUCCCAAGUUGAGAUUGUGCAGUAGUUAACGCACUCUUCAAGCUCCCUGUAGGCUGCAUUUUCAUUUCCUCUUUUGUGUAGGGAAGUGCCUUUGUAAUCCCAUUUAUUGCAUUGAUGUUUUCACCCAAUUGUUGAGUUUGAUACAUGAUGCACAGAUUGUUCUUGCAUUUUUAUUGUUUAAUUGUUUUUGAGAUGUACAGUCUGUACAUAUGUCCUGAAAAUGUUUUAAUUCCUUUGGCAUGGUUGCCAUGUUGGUUAAAUUUGUAUAAGGCAAUAAACUGCCACUAAUUCUAUUUCUGUUUUGUAGGUGUGGGAUUAUGGUUUGUGUACUGAAGUUAGCAUGGCUGUGCUUUUCAUAAUAGAAUGCUAAAGACUUUGAGAAUGGAUCUUGGAUGUCUAUUAUAGGAGAAUUUUGUGCUUUCAGUGUACAUGAAGGCAGCAGUUGUAGGAUUAACAUUCUUGUCCACUGUAUAUUAUCUUGGAAGGCUCUUGUUAAUAUGUUACACUUAAUAUUCUCCACAGUUAACUUCAGAGAGAUUCAGGACAAGCUAGUUUCUGAUGCCGAGGUUUCAAUUAGGCUGUGAUUUGAUCAAAAGUCCUUUUAGCAUUCUACCUCAAAGGGACACUGUUAGUAUGCCUAAAAUUUAUUCCCUUAGUUUUCCUUUUUUAUUUGAAAAAACACAUGACAUGUAAUCUUUUUUCUUAAAUUUCUCAGAUUUUAAAGUACUAUAUUAAAGGAAAAAAUUAAUGUCUAAAGCUUAGCAUUCUUGCAGCAACCCUAUACUAAUGUGAUGAAAUUGGGAGAGGGUGGGGCAGAUGAGUAGAGAAAUAGAUUCAAGCCUCAAGCUUCCAAAGCAUUUUUAUAAAUGGGAAAAACUUAAAUUAUGAGACAGCUUGAUAUAGUGUCCUUUUUUUAAAAUUCAAAACUUUUUUUAUUGAUAAUGAAGAUUGCUGUUUGAGUUUUUAAACUUAAUCUAGAGCAGAGAAGUAUUAAAAGUAAUGCUAUGCUGCAUUAUUUAAGAUUAUCAGCAAAUUAUUUGAUAGAUUGUUCUUACGACUUGUAUUCUGAUUACAGAGAACGAUCAUGAGUGUGGAAUAAAUACCGGAUUAAAUCCU